AUGGCGGCCGCCACAGAGAGACGAGAUUAUUUAUUUCUCCACCGAACUGUACUAGAAACUAUUUCCAGUUUAGACAACAUGUUAGAUCCAUCACAAAUAGAUAGUGUAGUAUUGAGGCUAGAUUGCGUGAAGCGUUAUCUAGUAAAUAUCAGUGAUGACUCGCAGACAGAUGCCAUCAUCACUAAUCUUGAACAAGUUAUCGAGAGCCUACAAGAGGAAAGACAACAAUACGAAAACGUACAGGGUCAUCCAAUGGCCGCCAAGCUUAUCAAGCAAGGACGUGGACGGCCUAGUUUUGACAUUAGGGAAGAAACGUUGUCAUUUUUUCUCGAAAACAGCUUCAAAGUUCCGGUCAUCGCUCAACUGCUAAUGGUUUCCUCUCGCACCGUCGAAAGAAGGAUGAACAAAUAUGGGUUGACAGUGUCAGGUUAGUGUAUUAAUAGCUUUUUUCCAGUACGUGAUGUGUUGAAUGACGUGUGUAGCCAUUCAGUUCAGGUUUUUAAUAGCAAGUAAUAUUUAUAUAUUUAUUUUGUUAAAUUUGACCUUGUAUGUGCAUUAGGCCAUUACAUUUUUAUUAUACCGACCCUAUCAAGGGCCAAGGAAAUCUUGCUGGGAGGGGAGGGGGUAUUUUCAUGGAUUUCUCGGGGUCAUCCCAAGGGUCAUUUUCAUUUGCGUUCUCCUUACAUGUUUUUUGCACUGUCUUUACAAUAUUGCGCCCUCCUUUCAUUGACUCUAAGCUUCCUUACAUUGCGCCUGCGCCCUCCUUACAAUUUUGUGCCUGUGCCCUCCUUACAAUUUUGAACCUUCCUUACAAUUGCACUUCCCUUACAUUGAACCUAAUGAAGGAAAUUUUAAAUUAAUGUGGAAUGGUCCAUAAUUGACCAAUGGAUAAAAAGAACGUGGUAUUGUUGUAUUUCAUUUUGUUGUUGAUAUGUCGAGAAGUUCCCAGAACUUGUACCAUGACACUCGUAUUUUUUAAAUAAACUUGUUUGGUAUAGUUUUCUUACAAUACAUUUAAUUUCUUAAAAUUUUAUUAUUUCUUUUUUUAACGCCCUCCUUACGUAGUUGCAAGGUGUCUCUAAGUGAUGUUUGACAUAGUUUAAGAGUGUUCGGGAGCAUUCUAGACCUGUUUUGUAAGAUUUCAAAAAUUCUGAUUUUUUGGGCUGCCAGCCAUCUGAAGUUUUUUUUUUAAAUCUGAGGAGUAUUUUCUUAAAACAACCACCCAAAGGGGGUAUAAACAUUUUCUUCUAAAGCGGUUUUGCAGGAAACCCCUCAAUAGGGGUUGCAGAUGUAAAAUAAAAAGGCCCAUUUAUGACAAUUUAAAUGAAAUUGCUUUCGUCAUGUGGGAUAUUUGUGUCUAUCUGUGUUAAGCCCCAGGCUUACCAGGGUUGGGAUUUUGACAAUGAGAUGAUGCCCCAAGCCCUACAUGUAUGGGUUCAUGAAGUGUAGAGACAUUAUGAAAAAGAUGCCUUUGCAAAUUAAUCCCUGAUUGAACUUGAAACUGUAUAUAUGAUUACCUAUGCAAAUUCCAUCCUUUGACUUAACAUUGAUACUGUAGGUGCAUAACACUUGCUGAGGAAAUGAUCAUUUCAAACAGUCAUGUACCAUCACUGAUGAAUUCUAGAAUUAGCACCCAAAGAGGCUGUCUCCCUCAGAAAUGACCAAUGAUUUUGGUUUGAAAAAUAAAUUUCUCUGUUAUAUGCAGCCUUUGACGUGGAUCUGUACAUGUAUAUGAUGGUUACUAACAUAAAAUGUCAUAAAGAAGGAAAUUGUUGUGAGGGUCACAUGUUUUCUUUUUUUUUUUUCAAAUGGGGGGUCAUGAGUUUUCUUUUGAAAGACUGGGAAGGAUCAAGACUUUUCUGAAAAAAUACUCAAAAUUCCCCAGCACCCCCCAAUAAAAGCAUACCUUCCCUAAUUGAGGCUUUAUGGUAUGUAUUUUACCUAAUGUUGUGUUUGAAUAAUCCUGAUUUUUAGGAACCUAUAGCAAUAUUAAUGAUGAACAACUGGACAAUCUUGUUCAACAAGCUCAGAGGGAACAACCAGGCAUAGGACUAAGAUUAUUGAUGGGAAAAUUAAGAAGCAAAGGUGUAAGGAUGCAGUGGGAAAGGCUGCGGUAUUCUCUGCUCAGAACUGAUCCAACAGGUGUCCACCAAAGAUGGAGAAAGGCUAUUCAUCGGCGAAAGUAUUGGGUGCCAGGUACACUUGCAUUGUGGCACAUUGAUGGAAACCAUAAACUGAUAAGGUUGGUUUACAGACCAGAAUAA